AUGGCGUCCUUGGGGUCUAGUAUUCCGCUCUGGCGGUCUUUGGCACCUCGCCUGUCUAAGGACCUCUUCGCCUGUCGACAAUGCCUUCGAACAAAGGCCUAUGCUGUCAACUCCAUCCGCCGGUAUGGCGCAAUGCCACCCCCCCAAACAAAUAAGAUCCGAUCGUCUCUGUUCACCGACAAGAACCGCCAAUUCUUUACUUCAAGCCUUCGGAAAUCGGCUGCUGCCCCCGCAGCUGCAAGUGCAAUCGGAGAGGGCGCCGUCAAAGCCAAAUCGAGCUUUCCAAACGUUAGCGAUAAAGCUGUCGCAUGGUGGCUCCUGGGUAGCGCUGCCAGUGUUUUUGGAAUUGUGGUAUUCGGUGGAUUGACACGCCUUACGGAAUCAGGACUGAGUAUCACCGAAUGGCGACCUGUUACCGGCUCCCUUCCACCCAUGAAUGCGGCGGAUUGGGAAUCUGAAUUCGAGAAAUACCGCGCAUCACCCGAAUUCAAGCUUCUCAACCCUCACAUGACUCUAUCUGAAUUCAAGUCAAUCUACUACAUGGAAUGGAUCCACCGUCUCUGGGGCCGAUUCGUCGGUCUAUCCUUCGUUGUGCCUGCUGUCUACUUUGUCGCUCGCAAGAAAGUCUCUGCUCCUAUGUCCUGGCGUUUGCUGGGGAUUGCCGGCCUAAUUGGUUUCCAAGGAUUCAUUGGCUGGUGGAUGGUAAAGUCUGGGUUGAAGGAUGAUCUUUUUGCCCCCGGAAGCCACCCGCGAGUUAGCCAGUACCGAUUGACCGCUCAUCUUGGCGCUGCGUUUGUCUGCUACGUUGCCAUGCUGUGGAAUGGUCUUGCCAUUUUGCGCUCUCACCGAUUGCUAGCUGACCCGGCAGCUGGUUUGAAGCAGCUUGAGGCUCUGCGCGACCCUCGUUUGGCAUUCUUCCGCCGGUCCGUUGCCGGUCUUCUGCUGCUCGUCUUCGCCACUGUCAUGUCCGGCGGCCUUGUUGCUGGUCUGGAUGCUGGUUUGAUUUAUAACGAGUUCCCUUAUAUGGGUAACGGUUUGACUCCUCCGAGCAAAGAACUCUGGGACCCUCGCUACUCUCGCAAAGAGGAUCGCUCCGAUCUUUGGUGGCGUAACAUGCUAGAAAACCCCUCCCUCGUUCAACUCGAUCAUCGUAUUCUUGCCACCACCACCUUCACUGCUAUUAUGGCUCUCUGGGCUUACUCUCGUCGUUCACCUACCGUGCGGCGUCUCUUGCCUGCUGCUGCUCGUAAGGGAAUGCAUGGGGUGGUUGGCUUUGCUUCCAUGCAGGUUGCCCUGGGUAUCUGCACCCUUCUUUAUCUUGUUCCGAUCCCACUGGCCUCUGCGCACCAGGCAGGCAGUUUGUUCCUUCUGACCUGGGUCCUUGUUCUGGGCAGCCGUGUGUGGAACCCUUCUCGCACUGCCAAGCUGCUGCAAAAGGCUGCCAAGGCCCGUGGUCAGCAACUGUCUUCUUCUACCGCUGGAAUCAAGAGGCUGUAA